AGCGCUUUUCAUAGUUGACAGGUCGCGAUGGUCGGUAGUUUGAGCUGUCGGUAGCAUCAACCAAAGUUGGCUGAGGGUGGCCCGCAUCGCAGCGCAACAGUGAUUUAAACGGUCAGUGUGAGACGAACCAAAGUGAAACACGAUUCGAUCUGUUCAGAAUUCGAUAUCUAAAAGCUAUGAGAAAAAUUAGAACCAAAUCAACGGUGAACAAAGUGAAAGUUUAUUUCAAUAAAAAGUCUAUGUGGACGUUAAUUUCUAUAUGAAUUGAUGUGAGUUCGGAUGAAACGUGAUAGUUUUGUGAUGGACAUGGAAAUCAACUAGGCAUGAUGUCUCCCAUUAGUUGAAUGUCAGCCCAACAUCAUCACCAAAUCAACAAGAUUAAUCAAUCAAUCAAUCAAUCGAUCGAUCCAAGCACAGUCACAUCACAGCACUUAACAAAUCACGAUGAAGUUGGAUCGGUUCUCGAUAAUUCGCCUCAGCAAUCGCAUUCUGGGAAACCGCAGGAACAAUAACCAGCACACGGCAACUUUCUCCAUCAGCGGCAAUGACAAUGGGGCGGCGGUGGACAUCGACGACCGCACUGUCUCUUCGACAGAUUCCGAGUUCAGUGGCUACCAUCUGACCAGGGAACCUUUACCACGCUUGGAAUACUAUCGCACUUCGAAACGAUGCCUUAAACGUCCCUCCAUUGGCGAGCUGCAUGGGGAUCUCGAUAGGAAUCCGGAAGUUACAGAAGAAGACGAUAAACCGGAUGCUCACGGGCAUGGCAUCAAGCUAGGCUGGAUCGAAGGGGUGCUAAUACCAUGCCUGCUCAACAUCUGGGGUGUGAUGCUGUUCCUGCGGCUCAGUUGGGUGGUGUCGCAGGCUGGCAUCAUUCACACGUUGAUCAUUAUCGGUAUCUCCUACUUAGUAUGCGUAAUCACCGCCCUAUCGCUGUCGGCUAUCUGUACUAACGGUCAGGUGAAAGGAGGCGGGAUCUACUAUCUGAUAUCGCGAUCAUUGGGACCAGAGUUCGGAGCAUCCGUUGGUAUUGUGUUUGCGUUUGCAAACUCUGUUGCUGCUUCACUGAACACAAUCGGUUUUUGUAACUCCUUAAAUGAUCUGUUAAAAUCGUUCGGAACUAAAAUCGUAGAUGGUGGAGUUAAUGAUGUUCGGAUUGUGGCAACAGUGGCGAUCAUUGUUAUGGUUGUAAUAUGCGCAGUUGGAAUGGAAUGGGAGGCGAAGGCACAAAAUUUCCUGAUAGUCACAAUUGUAAUCGCAAUUUUCAACUUUUUGAUUGGCGUCAUGGUGGGACCAAGAACGGAAGAAGAAAUAGCACACGGUUUCACGGGAUUUUCAACACAAGUUUUCACCGAAAAUCUGAAACCAGAUUAUCGCUACAGCGAAAACCUGCAGCAAAACUUCUUCACAGUAUUCGGAAUAUUUUUCCCUAGUGUAACAGGUGUACAAGCCGGAGCAAAUAUUUGUGGAGAUCUGAAGGAUCCUGCUUCUGCAAUCCCUAAAGGGACUUUGCUAGCGCUGCUAAUCUCAGCUAUAUCGUAUAUAUUUUUUACGUUCUUCGCUGGAGCUGCCGCAUUUCGAGAUGCUUCUGGAAAUAUUACUGACCUGGUUAAUGGCACAUUCGUUUCUUGCACCGCCGAAAGUAACUGUCACUACGGUCUACACAACGACUACACGGCGAUGCAGUUGAUGUCACUUUCCAGUGCCAUUAUUUACGCCGGAUGCUUCGCAGCGACCCUCAGUACGGCUUUGACAAAUCUUCUUUCGGUUCCCCGGAUUAUUCAAGCACUCGGUAUCGAUCGUAUCUAUCCUGGACUCAUAUUCUUUUCCAAAGGCUAUGGAAAACACGGAGAACCUUAUCGCGGUUACGUUCUAGUAUUUCUAGUAUCUGUACUGUUCGUUUUGAUUGCAGAUAUCAAUGCUAUUGCUCCCAUGAUAUCCAUCUUCUAUCUAGCCUCAUAUGCUCUGAUCAAUUUCUGCUCCUUCCACGCUGCCACCGUGAAGCCGCUGGGAUGGCGACCAACCUUCCGAUUCUACCAUCCCUGGCUUAGCUUGAUCGGUUCGAUACUGUGUGUCGGCAUCAUGUUCCAGUUGGAUUACAAGUAUACGAUUGUUACGGUAGUAAUAAUCUUCAUUCUCUAUCUGGUAGUUGUCUACCGGAAACCGGAUGUCAAUUGGGGUUCCAGUACCCAAGAACAAACCUAUAAGAGUGCACUUUCAUCCACAUUGAAGUUACAAAACAUCGGAGAUCAUGUCAAAAACUACCAUCCAUCGGUACUUGUCCUGACGGGUAAUCCCAUGAAUCGACCUCCUCUACUGGAUCUCGCAAAUCUCAUUACGAAAAACCACUCCCUCAUGAUAGUGGGAGAUAUCAUUAAGGAACGGCUCUCACAUCGGAAACGUCAGGAACAAAAUUCAAAGUACACCAAGUUUCUGGAAAUUCGUAAAAUUCGCGGUUUCUACCAACCCAUAGACGGACUGUCCUUCGAAGAAGGUGUUCAUGCGUUGAUUCAAACAUCCGGAGUUGGAAAACUUUCACCUAAUAUCGUUUUAAUGGGAUACAAAUCGAAUUGGAUGACAUGUCCGGUGAAAGACCUGUUAACGUAUUACAAUGUUUUACAUGAUUCUUUCGACUGUCGUAUGGCAAUUUCAAUUUUACGGCUUCCAGAUGGGUUAGAUUUUUCUCACUUGACAGCCGAGAUCGUCUCUACACCGGAUGGUUUACCUGACAGUAACGGAAGCAACGCCAACCUACAAGCAAUAUCUACCAUAGUAGCUGAUGGACUUAAACCGCCGUUGAAAUUGAUGCACGUUGAUUCCAACCUGAAUCUCGAUUCGAUGGCAAGUAGCAACAAUGCAACAUUGACUACUCCUCAACCACCACCUUUGCCAAAUCACCAAAGAGCUACCAGAGAUAGCAUAGUCUAUUCCACGCGUGGUGGGUCGUUCGUUUCCAAGGAAGUCCUCGAUCGACUAAGUGUUUUCCAACGCAAGCAGUCCAAAGGAACCAUAGAUGUUUGGUGGCUCUAUGACGAUGGUGGACUAACGAUACUAGUACCGUACAUUAUCUCAAUGCGAUCUAAAUGGGCUCAGUGCAAGAUACGUGUGUUUGCUCUCACCAAUCGUCAGAUGGAACUCGAAGAAGAAGAAAAAAACAUGGCAAAUCUCCUCAAAAAGCUACGAAUCAAUUAUUCCUCGCUCAUCAUGCUACAGGGUGUUACGAAUCAUCCGCGACAAGACACUGUCGACAUGCAUCAGCAAAUGUUGCAGAACUUCAAGGAUAACGAUGGCACUCAAAUACCGAUCAGUGAAACAGAGAAGUUAGCACUGCAUGAAAAAACAAACCGACAGUUGCGGUUACGGGAAAUGCUGCUCGAAUAUUCUAGUGAGGCAAACUUGGUUGUCAUGUCUAUGCCUAUGCCCCGAUUGGGUACGGUAUCGGCACCACUCUACAUGUCCUGGCUAGAAAUGCUGACGAAGGAUAUGCCUCCGUUUUUGUUAGUUAGGGGAAACCAAACUUCUGUACUUACCUUUUAUUCCUGAGUUGAGUAAAGCAAGGAUCAAUUAUUUGAUAAUUAUUUGUAUAGUGAACAGUAUUACUAUUGGUAAACAAUAAAAUAAACUAAUUAUAAUGCUGA